AUACGCCCGAAAACGCGCCAGUAUUACGUAGACCGAGGAGUGCGAACGGAGCAGUGAAAUAAGAUUUCAAAUAAUAUUUAUUUUGUUUAUUUCGUACACGAGCAGACGUCAAGGCAGAAGGUUGAGAUGUCUUUGAACACGGCCCACACCAACGGUGGUGUACUCAUCCAUGCCGGCGAGUGCAUACUACUGUUCAGUGACAAUGUGACAAUGGAGUUUCAUGGCCAGGAACAACCCGAGUUCCUUGGUACUAAAAAGGGUAGGCUGUACCUGACCACACACAGAAUGAUAUUCAAUGCUAAAGAACAAAGGGAAAAGAUGCAAUCCUUCAGUUUUCCAUUUGUCACGCUGAGAGAGGUAGAGGUUGAGCAGCCAGUGUUUGGCGCAAAUUACAUCAAAGGCAAGUGCAGAGCUCAGCCACAAGGUGGUUGGGUUGGUGAAUGCAAGUUCAAGCUGCACUUCAAGAGCGGAGGAGCUAUUGAGUUUGGACAGGCUAUGUUGAGAGCUGCCCAGUUGGCUCAAAGAAAUGGACCUGAUUUUGGUCAAGACUCUCCACCUCCUUACCAGCCACCAUCAUCCAACUGGUAUGCUGCACCACCACCAGCUUAUCAAGCUGCACCAACUGGUUAUUAUGGAUGGAUACCUCCAACCAACGUAUUUCCUGAGCAACCACCAGCGAACAGUGUGUUCAUGACCGACAUGCCACCCCCAUAUCCAGGAAUAAACGCAACGUACCAAGGUGGAACAGCGCCGUCGCAUCCGAUGCAGAUGAACGGAGGUAGUAACUUCGGUGGAGCCGCGGGUGGCGUGCCAGGAUGGGCAAAUCCGCAUCAGCAGCCGAUGUCCCAAGCAGACGCUAAGGCUGCAGAGGCUGCGCAAAGUGCAUAUUACGAUCCAAAUAGGCCGCAAUGCGCGUACGUCCCGCCACCUGCAUACUACGAGAGUCCGCCGAGUUUUCAACAAGCUACGGAGAAAAAGGACCAAUGAAAAAUAAUAAUUGGCGCCUCGCAAUACACUUUUUUAGGAGAUGUAAUUUUUCUAUAUAUAGACGUUGCAUACACAGCAUUCUGGCAUAAUUUAAACACUGUUUUCCAUUUUAUCGAUUCUUUGCAUUUAAAAGAUGAGUAGAGCGAUAUUACGUUUUUUGUGCAUCGCGGUGAAAAACAGUUUUUAGAGUUUCGCAGCGUCAAGUCGCAAGACGUUCCUCUGUUAAUUGUUUCAUUUAGUCAGUAUUGUAGGAGUUUUUUUUUGUUUGUUUCUCUCUCUCUCUCGCUCUGAUUCCCGAUAAGUAAAAAGAUCGGAAAUGUUUAUCCUAAAAAUUCGCAAGUACAGGUCGAUACUUGUUUAUAAAAAAUUGUGUACUUGAAUUUUUAUUGCAGUAUAUAUGUUGUGUGUUUAAUCUAAUGUUAAACAAAUCUGAUGGACGCGCAGAAAUAACAAGGUAAAUACACGAUAAUUAUGAAAGUCUUGCAUCUCUCAAUGAUAGAUUUUGAGAAAGUAUCUAUAAUUGAUAUUUGUAUAUUUCAACAAUUUUUAUUAAAACAAUACUUUUACAUUGUAUUCUCAAGAGAUUUGUAGCAAAGGAGAAGUGUAAAUAAUAAAAGAAGAAAUUAACAAUUUUGAUUGACAUAA